GCUUGAUCCGGUGUGGGGUAGGCCUGGGCUGGAUCUGAGGGAAGUCGGGGCGCGGGCCAGUCGCUGCGGAAGGGGCGUGGGGAGCCUCGGUCCUGCGAUCCCCCGACACGCGCGACGCCGCCUUCCCCGUGCUUUUCUCCACUAGCAUGGGGCGCAAGUUGGACCCUACGAAGGAGAAGCGCGGGCCCGGCCGGAAGGCCCGAAAACAGAGGGGCGCCGAGACCGAGCUGGCCAGAUUCCUGCCUGCCGCUGGUGAUGAAAAUUCCAAGAGACUGUCUAGUCGUGCUAGAAAGAGGGCAGCCAAGAGGAGGUUGGGGUCUGUUGAAGCCUCUAAGACAAAUGAGUCUCUGGGGACCAAACCGUCACCUGGAAAGCUACCGAAAGAAGCAGUCCAGACACCCGGUAAGAAGGGAACACAGGCUUUAUUUAACGCUGCUCGAGAUAAGAAGCAUCCAGUACCAGCGCACAGCAGUGAUGAGGAAGAGGACUCUGAAGAUGAUGGCACAGUGGAGCAGAGAGACCUGUGGGGCUCUGAGGACAGUGAUGCUGAUAUGGUAGAUGACUAUGGAGUGGACUCGGACUCAGAGGAGGCUGAUGGGGAAGAGCUGCUGCCCAUUGAAAGAGCUGCUCAGAAGCAGAAGGCUUGGGAAGCUGCUGCUGGGGCCCAGUGGAGUGAGGAGGAAACUGAUGAAGAGGAUGAGGAGGGGAUGUCCCCUGAGUCAGGCCCCACAAAGGAUGAGGCAGAGGGGGGCCUGCAGAUCAAUGUGGAUGAGGAAGAGUUUGUGCUGCCCCCUGCUGGGGAGCUGGACCUGGAUGCACAAGCUCCAGACCUGCAGCGAGUUCACAAGAGGAUCCAGGAUAUAGUAGGAGUACUACGUGAUUUUGGGGCGCAGCGGGAAGAAGGCCGGUCUCGUCCUGAGUAUCUGGGCCGGCUUCAGAAGGAUCUGGCCACUUACUACUCCUAUGGGGACUUCCUGCUCGGGAAGCUGGUGGAGCUCUUCCCUGCGCCUGAGCUCAUAGAGUUCUUGGAAGCUAAUGAAGUCCCUCGGCCCAUUACCCUCAGGACCAAUACCUUGAAAACACGGCGCCGAGACCUUGCCCAGGCACUGAUCAAUCGUGGGGUUAACCUGGAUCCCUUGGGCAAGUGGUCCAAGACUGGACUUGUGGUGUAUGAUUCUUCGGUGCCUAUUGGGGCCACUCCUGAGUACCUGGCCGGGCACUACAUGCUGCAGGGAGCCUCCAGCAUGCUGCCUGUCAUGGCCUUGGCACCCCAGGAACACGAGUGGAUCCUGGACAUGUGCUGUGCACCUGGAGGGAAAACCAGCUACAUAGCCCAGCUGAUGAAGAACACGGGUGUGAUCCUUGCCAACGAUGCCAAUGCCGAGCGACUCAAGAGCGUUGUGGGCAACCUGCACCGGCUGGGAGUCACCAACGCCAUUAUCAGCCAUUACGAUGGGCGCCAGUUCCCUAAGGUAGUAGGUGGCUUUGACCGUGUCCUGUUGGAUGCUCCCUGCAGUGGCACUGGGAUCAUCUCCAAGGACCCCGCUGUGAAGACGAAUAAGGAUGAGAAGGACGUCCUGCGCUGUGCCCACCUGCAGAAAGAGCUGCUCCUCAGCGCCAUCGACUCUGUCAACGCCACCUCCAAGACGGGUGGCUACCUCGUGUACUGCACCUGCUCUGUCAUGGUGGAAGAGAACGAGUGGGUGGUGGAUUAUGCCCUGAAAAAGAGGAGCGUACGGCUGGUGCCCACAGGGCUAGAUUUUGGUCAGGAAGGUUUUACCCGUUUUCGAGAAAGACGGUUUCACCCCACUCUGCGCUCCACUCGGCGUUUCUACCCUCACACCCACAAUAUGGAUGGUUUCUUCAUUGCCAAGUUCAAGAAAUUCUCCAAUUCAAUCCCCCAGGCUGGAACAGGGAAUUCUGCAACAGGCACCUCUACAGACCUAGAUUCGCCAGACUUGAAGGGUCAGAUCCCUCCCAAGUCUGAGAACAGCAGCCAGCCAGCCAAGAAAGCCAAAGUGGCCACCGAGGCAAAGCAGCCAUUGCAGAAGCGUCAGCGUUCCAACAAGGCGUCCUUCCAAAAGCUGAAUGGGGUCUCCAAAGGGGCAGAAUCGGAACUGUGCACUGUACCUUCCAUCACGAAGGUCCAAGCGUCCUCCAGGCUCCAGGGCAGCAGUAAGCUCCCUGGAAAAGCUGAUGUGACCAGGGAACCAAAGAUGACUGGGAAGCUAAAGAAAUUGCGUUUCUCCAAGAAAGCGGCUUCCCCGAGACAGUCUGCUCUGUUCAAGGGCAGGGACACAGGAACACCUGCUGUGCAGCCCCUCUCCGAGACUCAGGCCACCCCCAGGCUGAAGGACCGUGGUCAGACCCUGGGGAAGGCCAAAGGGGCUGGGAAGGCGAAACAGCAGUUCCCAGAGGAGCCUGGGAAGAAAGCCAAAUUCCAGGACAGUGGCACUCCCGAGGGCCCUCAGGUCCCCACUCAGGUCCCGACUGUGACCCCGCGCAGGUCCGGCCGGCCCCCACCAGCGAAGAGGAGGAAGGGCGCCAGCCAGCAGCUGUUCUAGGCGGUGAAAACUGGCCUGGGCUGGCUCACUGUCACAGUCGGGAUCCUUCCUUCCUUCCCCCGUGCCUCACAUGAGAUUUGAUACCUUAUCA